UGGAGCGAUUAGCAGCAAAAAGGGGGAGCCUGAUGUCGAGGAGUCAGCCCUAUGUAUAUCUCUCUAUACGCCUCAACUUUUAACACAAAGUUCAAUAUCCAAACACAAAAAGCGACGUGGACUACGCAGAAGCGCGCACUUUGCUUCCCCGCAUGUUCACUGAAUGUAACAUCCUGGACCAUCCGAGCCGCUCCGUAAACCUGGAUUUUCUCUCUCUUGGGUUAUUUUUCAUUAUUAUUAUUUUUAUUUUGUAUUAAUAUCUCAACAAUUCCUAAAAAAAAAAAAAAAAAUUGUUGUUCCAGCUAUACUUCUCGAGUUCACAUUUUUUUUAGUGCUGCUGACUUUCUCCCGGGGGUUUCGCAUCGGACCGGGAAAGAAGCAUCUCGCUGUUGUUAUGACGACUCCAUCACGCUUUUCUUAACAUGGAAGGAUCCAGCGGGUCGAGUUUUGGGAUAGACACUAUUUUAUCCAGCGCGUCUAACUCUGGCAACCCGGCGCUGAUGAACGGAGAUUUUCGCCUCCGCGACAGCAGGACCGCGGAUUUCAGGAGCCUGGCGACCCCGUCGCCAAGCUCGGACAUAGACACUGUGGGGACGGCCCCCUCGUCCCCGAUGUCGGUCACCAUGGAGCACGCCGCUGAUGCGCAUCUGGUCCAGGACAGCCUGCAGCAGCAGCAUCACCACCACAACCACCACAGCCACAACAACCAGCCGCAGAGCUUGCCGCGGUCUCCCCAGCAGCAGCAGCCGCUCGCCGGGGCCGGCUGCGCCCCGAGGAGCGCCACCUCCUCGUUCCUCAUCAAAGACAUUUUGGGCGACAGUAAACCGCUGGCCGCCUGCGCACCUUACAGCACCAGCGUGUCCUCGCCCCAUCACACGCCCAAACCAGAAAGUGCCACGGCUCCGGACGGCUUCAGGCCCAAGUUGGAGCAGGACGAGAACCGAGGGAAGUUGGACAAAAGGGACGACAUCCAGAGCGAACUGAAAUGCAACGGGGCUAAAGAGGAAGGCGACCGGGAGAUCUCCAGUAGCAGAGACAGUCCCCCGAUGCGCACGAAAAAGCCCCGCAAAGCCCGCACCGCCUUCACCGACCACCAGCUCAACCAGCUGGAGCGCAGCUUCGAGCGACAGAAAUACCUCAGCGUGCAGGACCGCAUGGACCUGGCCGCGGCUCUCAACCUGACCGACACGCAGGUCAAGACGUGGUACCAAAACAGACGUCAAAAACAGAGGCAGCACAGAACGAAGUGGAAGAGGCAAACGGCGGUCGGAUUAGAGCUGCUGGCGGAAGCAGGAAACUACUCGGCCUUACAGAGGAUGUUCCCGUCGCCAUAUUUCUACCACCCGAGCCUGCUGGGCACCGUGGACAGCACGACGGCGGCCGCGGCGGCUGCGGCCAUGUACAGCAGCAUGUACCGGACUCCUACUGCGCCGCAUCCCGGCCUCCAGAGACCUCUGGUCCCGAGGGUGCUCAUUCACGGCCUCGGGCCGGGGGGCCAACCGGCGCUCAACCCGCUGUCUAACCCCAUGUCCGGGUUGCCGCAUCCGCGAUAGAACUCGGUGCGCACGAGGCGAGCUAAAGACCCUGAACACGUGAUGUGAGUAACUGCAUCGGAACCACAUUGCAGGGACUUGUUCUCUCUCUCAACAACAACAACAACAACAACAACAACAACAACAAAAAGACACAUUGAAAGACAUUUUACAGAAGCAAAGGAGGUAUUUAAUAUAGGCCCAAUAGCCUAAAGGCCAUGUCCUAAAGACUCUCUGUCCGGCGCGAGGACGGCUCAUGUCUGAUUGUUUGUUUGUUUGUCUUUUGUACAAAUACACUUACAUUAGCAAAUAAACUUAUAAAGUUUAUUAGAUGGAGAAGAACGGAAUGAAUAAAGAACUAAUGAUACUAA